AGAGAUGUGAGUCCCUGUUAGACCGAUUUAUAUAAAUUAACUACAAACGAAUUUGUUGUAUCCUAUUUUUAAUUAUCGUCAAUAUACUCCUUACGUUUCAAGAGCGAGUAAAAAUUAAUAAUUUUUUGAGCUUAUUUUUUACUUCCCGCUACACUACCGUUCUCUUCCAUGCUACAAUCCCGAAAGCCAUUUCUUUCCCCUCCGAUCCCCAUAUCUUUGCUGCGCGGGCAAAAGCGAGGACGACACAAGCUCAGCCAGGCCGAGAGAGAGAGAACGAGACCGGACUGCUUCUUCUUCGCACAGCCAGGCUCUACUGGAUCCCAUUUUCCGUCCAACCACUAUAUUGUCUUGAUGAGCAAGCGGAAACAACCAUAUUCGCCAAGCAAGUGCUUGAGAAUCAAUAUCAGUGGGUUGGAUCUUCAUGGGAAAAGGCUUUGUGAAGUUGAAAAAAUCUUAAAGAGGUUAAAAAGAACUCAAUAGAGUUGGAUUCGCUUUCAAAGUCACAGCCUCACAGUAACGAAAUGAAUUGAGCAUAAAACCCAUGACUCUGGUUCCUCGGGAAUUAUUUCCUCGACUCUAUACUUCGCCACCCCGUCAGCAAUUUAUUCGAAAUUUUUCACUCUGGUCAAUGAAGAAGGAAUCGGAUCUCGAAUCGGCUCUAUCUAGAAAUCGUAGAUGGAUAGUCAAUAAUCAGAUCAAGUUCAUAAUUCUUCGAUACCCAGGCCAGGUAGUGCCAGUGAAAUUCCUCCAGAAGAAAUUCAAGACCCUGGAUCUCCAAGGCAAAGCUCUCAAUUGGCUCAAAAAAUACCCAUGCUGCUUUGAGGUUUAUUUGGAAGAUGACAAGUACUACUGCCGGCUGACGAAACGGAUGAUGUUUUUGGUAGAAGAGGAAGAAGCUAUCAAAGAUAUGCAGGAACCAGUAUUUGUUGAGAGAUUGGCAAAGUUGCUUAUGAUGAGCUUGAAUCAUAGACUCAAUGUUGUUAAACUUAAUGAAAUAAAGAGGAAUUUCGGCUUUCCAGAUGACUAUCUAAUUAGAAUUGUGCCGAAGUAUUCGGAUUUGUUUCGGGUUGUUAAUUAUAGUGGGAGACGGAGUUCAAUGGAGAUUGAACUGGUGUCAUGGAAACCUGAUUUAGCAGUUACCAAGAUUGAAGCCUCUGCUCAGAAGGAGGGUUCUCAGCCAUGUUUUUCAUGUUCAUUACCCUCAACUUGGGUGAAGUCAUGGGAAAGAUUUCACAAAUUUAAUGCAGCUCCUUAUAUUUCGCCAUACCUGGACCCCAGAGGUUUAGCAGAGGGAUCAGAGGAGCUGGAGAAGAGGAAUGUGGGCUUGCUGCACGAGUUCUUGUCAUUGACGCUGUGGAAGAAAGCCUCAAUUUUGAAGCUAGGCCAUUUUAGGAGAGAGUUUGGCUUGCCAGAGAAAUUGAACGCUUUGCUGCUCAAGCACCCUGGCAUAUUUUAUGUUUCAAAUAAGUAUCAGAUCUAUACAGUACUUCUUAGAGAGGGAUAUAAUGGGUCAGAACUGAUUGAUAAAGAUCCUCUAGUUGUUGUGAAAGAAAAAUUUGGGGAACUAAUGCAGGAGGGACUUCAUGAAUAUAAUCGGAGGCACCAUUUGGUGAAUUUAGAGAAGAAAAAGAAGGACAUGGUUUUGGCUAGAUUAGAUAAAAGCAAGGACAGAAGCUCUGAAAUUCCCGAUAAUGAUGAUCAGGCAGAUAAGUUGGGUGGCCUGUUUGACCCGGAAGAAAGAAAACGGUUUUAUAAAAUUCUCUUUGAUGAUACUGCUCCAUGAAAUUCAACUCAGGUAUGUAAUAUGUUCUGGGGUUUAAGGUAUCAACUUUUGUGUAUGUAUUUAUUCUCAGUUUUGGAAGUUGAUGUUUCUCAAUGACUUGCCUGUCACCAAUUUCUUUGUCAUUACCAGUUAGGAAUAAUUCAACUGUUUUUUUUUUAUUUUUUUAUUUAUUUUUAUUUUUUAUAAAUAAUUUCUGUAAGGUAUCAAGGAAUAUUUAUAUUGGACUUUAUAAUAGUUCUUGUU